CUCAAAGGCUCAAACCUUGCCCAUCACCGCGAGUUGCACCAUCAUCCCACCGCUCGACGCUCGCCUAGAAAGAUCGCCAGAUAUCCGGAAUUCAGCCACGAGAGUCGCCUGCCAUGGAGGACGACAAUGCGAACAACAACGCCUCCGUCUUUGCCAAGGAGACGACGCGGCUAUGGCGAGCAUGGAGGACAAUCCACGAGAUGGUGCAAGACAGGGGCUACGAGUUGGCCGAAGAGGAAGUGAAGAUCUCGCUCGACCGGUUCCGCGCUGAAUACACCAACGAGGACGGCAGUCCCAACCGCGCGAAAAUGCAAUUCUCCGCCCGUCCUUCCGAAGCCAUGAUCAAAAAGUUCACGCCGCCGCCGACGCCCUCCAACCCGGACCCGGCGCCGGAAUGCGGUACCGUGUGGGUCGAGUUCUGCCCGGACAAGUCGUCGAUCGGCAUCAGCGUCAUGAAGAAGUUUGUGGAGCACUGCAGCACCAACAAUUUCAAGGCAGGCAUCCUGGUGACGGCAUCGGCGCUGUCGGCGCAGGCCCGCAAGGUCAUGACCAUCACGUCCCACUUCACCAUGCUCGAGUGCUUUCUCGAGGAGGACCUGCUCGUCAACAUCACCCACCACGAGCUUGUGCCCCGCCACAUCCUCCUUAGCCGUGAGGAGAAGGCCGCCCUGCUCAAGCGCUACCGCCUCAAAGAGACCCAGCUGCCCCGCAUCCUUUCCAAGGACCCGGUCGCCCGGUAUCUGGGCCUCAAGAAGGGCCAGGUGGUCAAGAUUAUCCGGACGAGUGAAACGGCGGGAAGGUAUGCCAGUUACAGGCUCUGCGUAUGACCCGUUUUUGCUGGGGUGCAUGGUGUUGGAUGGAUUAGAUGUGGUGGUUGGGCGGAUUCGGAGCAUCAUGGAGCUUGGUUUCACUCAAACAAAAAGAGGGCGUUCAAGGCUGGUUAUCUAUUCCACCUGUUUCGGCGUUUAGGGGAGGGUUUUGAGACAUUUUCACUGGUUUCACUUUGACAUUGGUUUGCCUGAAGUCGAGAUCUUCACCUGGCGUCUAUCGCGCUUCUGAACCAUUUGUAAGUGAGCUUGCCGGGCAGAUUAUCAUCCAUUGGAUGGCUCAACGUACGAACCAGACAAUGUUAGCCACAGAACUGGUUGAAGCUGCCAGGCAAAAAAUCUACAUUACUAUUUACAUCCUCGCUAGUUCCCUAUAUGUUCACGAUCCCGAAUAAAGUACAGGCGCAUGUGAC